ACCUCUGAGCUUGGUGCUGGCUUUCCCCUCCAGGUUGGAAGCAUGGUGUUUUUCCGGUGCCGAAAAGGUUACCACGUUCAAGGCUCUACAACUCGAACUUGCCUGGCGAACCUGACGUGGAGUGGCCUCCAGACAGAGUGCAUCCCUCACGCCUGCCGCCAGCCUGAAACACCAGCCCAUGCAGAUGUGAGAGCCAUAGACCUCCCCACCUUUGGCUACACCUUGGUGUACACCUGCCAUCCAGGAUUCUUCCUUGCAGGUGGAUCUGAGCACAGGACGUGCAAAGCAGACAUGAAAUGGACAGGGAAGUCCCCUGUCUGUAAAAGUAAAGGAGUGAGAGAAGUUAAUGAAACAGUUACUAAAACUCCAGUUCCUUCAGAUGUGUUUUUCAUCCAUUCAGUGUGGAAGGGAUAUUACGAGUAUUUAGGGAAAAGACAGCCUGCAACCCUAACUGUCGACUGGUUCAACGCAACUAGCAGCAAAGUGAAUGCGACGUUCACUGAAGCCUCCCAGGGGGAGCUGAAGUUGACAGGUGUUUACAAGAAGGAGGAGGCCCACUUACUUCUGAAAGCUUUUCAGAUAAAAGGUCCAGUGGAUAUUUUCGUCAGCAACUUUGAGAAUGACAACUGGGGACUGGAUGGUUAUGUAUCAUCUGGACUUGAAAGAGGAGGGUUUACUUUCCAAGGUGACGUACAUGGAAAAGACUUUGGGAAAUUCAAGCUGGAAAGGCAAGACCCCGUGAGCUCCGACCAGGACUCCUCCAGUCAGUACCACGGCACCAGCAGUGGCUCCGUGGCGGCUGCCAUUCUAGUUCCGUUCUUCGCGCUCAUCUUAUCAGGGUUUGCAUUUUACCUCUACAAACACAGGACGAGACCCAAGGUCCAGUACAACGGCUACGCCGGCCACGAGAACAGCAACGGGCAGGCCUCCUUUGAGAACCCCAUGUACGACACGAACUUAAAGCCCACCGAGGCCAAGGCCGUGCGCUUUGACACGACUCUGAACACGGUGUGCACCGUGGUGUAGCCCGCGGGCGGCCGCCUCAUAGCCAUACCUCCGACGACGGACAGCAGGGACCACAGAAAAAAAAAAGCCCUCCUGAAGAAGACACCUUUCUGGCAGCCGCACACACCUGCAGACGCUUUGCGCCGUCCUCCCCGAGACCGGCAAGCUUCGAGGGCCCCGCAGCUCACCUCGGGGCCACCCCAGGGCCAUCUGCAAAUUUCCCAGUCAGCUGUUCUCUCGCAGAAUUUUUGAUGCACAAUUUUUUGCACUAGUGUGUUAUGAAUGACUAAGAUUCUGAUAAAAAAUAAACUAUUUACAUGGGGUUUCUACACACUAUCCAUUGUAUAUAAGCAUCCUGCCAUACUGUCAAGCUAAGCAUUCCAGCUUCAGUUUAGUUAGCGUGUGAGAAAAAAGAAAAAAAAAUCCCCAGAUAUGGCACAGGUUUUAAAACGAAAAAUAAUAUCGAAGAGAUUUAUUUUAUUACUGCUUUCUUUUAGCUUCACAGCUGUGUUGAAUUCAUUGAGAAAGAACAGAGGCCUUUUAUUUCCCACAUCCUUUCUUUAGUCUUGUCCCCAUCCCAUGAUCAUAGAUAUUCCACUACUUCAUAGCAGGAGGUCUGCAGCACUUUCCAAGUGCCGUGUACAGAUGUGAAUAGUAAUUUAUUUUAGGUCGCUCCUGACCUGCCUGUGGGUUUGGGUUCACCACAGUCUUCCUGUCCAUCCUCUGCUGUGAUUUCUCUUUCGCUGCCAUCCCUCUCAUUUUCUGUUAAAGGACUGUGUGUUCCUGGGACGCAGUGGAAAAGUUUCGGGAUGAUCAAAAUAUUAAGUGUUCCUUUAGAGGCAAGGAAAAGUCACACCCACUCUUCUUUCCUGAUGACACAGAUAUUACUAUUAUAGAUUUCUUCUGUUCUAUGCUAUAUAAUCCCAGAUGGAAAGAAAACCUUGGUGAUUUUUUGUCUUUACAGGUAAAUUAUGAAUCACAGUAUAAAUAAAGUAGGUAUGACUCCCCAGGCAGUAAAAACCCAGACAGGAAGCAGAAAAUGCGGCCGUGAGGAUGUUUACAUAAUAAACUCAGAGAUCGUGUUUAUUUUUACUUACAGUUGUUUGAUUUAAAAAAACCUUUUUUUGCUUUGAAAAGGCAAGGCAUAUGUUAUUAUCUGAGUUUUAAGUAUGCAUUCCACUUACUGAGAAGUCCCCUUUGUCCAUCCUUGGCAGCAUCGGUAGAGACUUGGUUCUUGAGGACAUGUUCACAUGUAGCUUUAAGACUGAUGUAUGUGUUUGUUACAUGUUUCGAUGCAGGGCUUGAAAAGUGAACAAUGAAAAACACAAAUGUCAGGAUAAUAGCUCAUUCUUUAAAAAGUUUCCAUUUGAACCUUUCAGUGGCUCCCCACUAUGGGGCACUCACUGUCUGCUGCCUGUUUGAAGGGCACAGCUGUCGGGAGGCGUGGCCAAGCUCUGUGGCCCCGCCUCUCCCGGCCUCUCCCACCCGCAGCAUGGAGCUCCAGGGUUCGCCCUGGCCAACCUGGCAAUGGGACCAAGCAGGCUUUGCAGCCUGGAGUCCUUACGGCUUCUUCUCCUUAGGCCAGACGAGGUGGGUCAGAGGCAGGCUCCUCGCACACCCAAGGAGCUGAAGUAAAGAGAAGACAGGUGGAAGCUGUCGCGUCUUCGUGUGCAGGGGAGAACAGGGUUACUAUACAUAUGAGGUGUAUAUAUAUACAUACAUAUAGAUAAAUAUAAUAGCGUGUACAUAUGCGGUUUGAGUCAUUCAAACUAGGUGCAAAAUGCUGACUUCAGAGUCUGAAUCAGUGUCUCUCUCCACAUCCCUGACCUGCUUGCUGGUCAAUGACGUUACGAAACCCUGACACGACAGGACAUACCUACAUACAAGAAACCACAUAUCAGAUCAGACGUGAUUCUCCUUUGUGUGCACACUCAGAGUGUCCUCAGGUGCCCGUUUGGAGCAUGUUGUUAAAAAGAAGUGCCCCAUGAAAUUCCUGUGCGAGAGUCCUGCCCAGUUUCUCCCCAGGCUGUGUGCAGUGUUGAUCAGAUUCCCGCGAGGUGCUGGAGGUUCGGUCCAAGCCGUCGGCACGUGCGCCCUCUGGUCCGGCUGCAGGAUUGUUUCCGGGAGCAGCCAGAGCCUGAGGAGGGCGGGAGCCCCGGACAGGUCCUGUGCUUCAAAGCUGUUCAAACUGCUGCUUGUCCCACACAUCUUGCCUUUCUUCAGGCUAGCUGCAAUAAUUUUUUUCUUCUGUAAAAUAUUUUGUAAACAACCACAAAAAAAAAAAAGCUAUUAUAAAAAAGGGGAAAGAACGCUGGCAUUACGAUCAGGAAACCAUCGCCAUCAGCCACCCGUCUCGCCACCUCGCCACAUGCUGCUGACAUGAAGUAGGUGCAAACGACCUUUUUGUACAGAGAUAUAUUUUUUAUGAAGAAUUUGUAAAAUUAUUAAAUAUGCUGUAAUUUUUUGAUUAAUGUAGGUAAAUUGUUAAAAAAAUAAAUGUUUUUACAAUACAAAACUGUAAUUUUCCCAAUAAUGUACAAUGUACCAUCUCUAGCUGACGUUCAGUUCCGAUCCUAUUACACAUGUAUUAAUAUUAAAGUGACCUGUUAAAAUGAACAGUUAUCUUUUUUUGUCAAAAAAAUUAUACAGAGAGUGUAAUAUAGCCUGUGCAAUGCCACCUAUCUUUAAAGCAAAUCAGAGUUCUAAUUAAAUAUUUAAUUUUA